AUGGGUAUAUUAACUAAUAUGCAACAUGUGCUGGUGACAGGUGUUAUCACGGGGAUCCUGUAUAUCAUUUCAAAAGUGGUGUAUAAUGUGUUUUUCCACCCAUUGAGCCGCUUUCCAGGGCCAGUGGAACACAAAAUAACUCGACUAGCAUAUUCAUGGAAAGCGGCGCGGGGAACUCUCCCUUUUGACAUGUUGGCAAUGCACAAGCGGUACGGCGAUAUUGUCCGUAUUGCACCAGAUGAACUGGCUUUCUCGCAUCCAGAUGCUUGGCAAGAAAUCAUGGGCCACAGAAAAGGACAACCUGAAUUUAAUAAAGCGACAUGGUUUUAUCGACCGGUGGAAGACCAGCCGACUCACGUGGUCAAUGCGACAAGAGAGCAACAUGGGCGUCUUCGGAGACAGCUGGCUCAUGGGUUUUCCGAGAAAGCGAUGAGAGACCAGGAGCCGUUGAUACGGGGGUAUGUGGAUCUGCUUCUUGAACGACUGGGUGGAUUUUGCACUGGUGAUUCCGUGGCGCUUUCGGAUUGGUAUAACUUCACUACUUUUGAUAUCAUUGGAGACUUGGCUUUUGGGGAGCCGUUUGGAUGUCUGCAGGGAUCUGAUUUGGAUGGGUGGAUUAAAGGGAUUUUUGAUGCUGGUCGGCUUGGGAUCCUGUUGCAGACUUUGUCGUUUUUCCCGCUUGUGAAGCGUGCAUUGAUAUCGAUGGCGCCUGCGUCGAUGAAAGAAGCUCAUGAAAAGCAUAUGAGACUGACUCAGGAGAAGAUGAUGCGUCGGAUGGAGAAAGAAGAAGGUCGACCAGAUUUGAUUGAGGGUCUUUUGAGAAAGAAGGACGAACUGGGCUUGACGGUUGAUGAACUCAUUGCCAAUGCUGAAAUUCUCAUCAUUGGAGGAUCGGAAACGACGGCCUCUUUGUUGAGUGGAGUUACUUACCUCCUUCUCACAAACCCACACGCCCACAAUAAGUUGAAGGAUGAAGUACGCUCUACAUUCGAGAGUCAAGCAGACAUCAACUUGAUCUCUGUUAACAAGCUAUCGUAUAUGCUUGCAUGUCUCGACGAGGCAAUGCGCAUGUACCCACCCAUCGCCAACGGACUGCCUCGUCUCUGUCCGGAUGUCGGUGCUACUAUAAUGGGAGAACACAUUCCACCAAAUACUUUUGUAUCAGUUCACCAUUGGGCACUUUAUCGACGAGAUGAUUAUUUCAAAGACCCAAAUACAUUUCACCCGGAGCGAUUCCUAGGCGACGACUCAUUUGCAGACGACCGGCGCGAAGUAUUACAGCCAUUCCACGUUGGCCCACGAAACUGUCUUGGCAGAAAUCUUGCGUAUAGUGAGAUGCGCUUGAUUUUAGCGCUGAUAAUCUUCAACUUCGACAUAACUAUCGAGGAUGAGGCACGGGAUUGGAUCAACCAGAGGAACUUCAUCAUGUGGGAGAAGGGGCCAUUAAAAGUCCGCUUGAAUCGAGUAUAA